AUGGGAGGGGCGGCUGCCUGUGGAAAGGCCCGUAGUGCUAUUGCCCUGGCGGUGGUACUGGACUUCAACGAUAUGUCUCAGUUGGACCUUGCUGCUUAUUCAACGCACCGUCUUUUGGGGGAUAUUGGGGAAGUCUUGCGAGCGUAUUGCCCUUGGCUUGUAUAUAAGAUCGUCGUUUUCAAGCUGCAGUUCGCGAGGGAAUUCCUGUGGGAGCUUCUCAGACCAGCUCUGCAUGCAAACUGCCGCGUUGUGACGGCAGAGGAUGAGGACGAGCUGCUUCAGGAGAUCCAAGCAGACGGGACCUUCAUCCUGCAUACUCUUGGAGGUUUCAAUGAGUGUAGCGUGUUGCGGUGUCGCCGGCCUGUCUACCGUUUGCCACAGCCUCCCCAGCCACUGGGCGCGAGCGAAUGGUUCAGUAAGGAGGGAGAAACAACGGAUUUCUGGGAAGACAUGCAAAAACUGUACGCGGAGGCGCCGGGAGCCCCACCGGAGGAAGAGCCUGUGGACGACAUCAAAACCAGCGCCAGUGACCAAAUCAAUGCGGCAUUAUCAAGGCAAAUGCAAGAUGAAAGCAGGUAA